UAAGGGGAGGGGCUUGCACUGCCUACAAUGUCUAUCUCACACGUGGAGAGAUAUACAAAGCUGCUAGACUUUAACACUGGGUACAUUGUCUAGGGAGAUUUAUGAUGGAGGAGUGGCGCAGGAAAAGAAUCGAAGAAGUGUAUGCCAAGUGGGAGAAGAGAGGGAGAGGAUCUUCAUCUGCACCCUUUAGCUCUCACAGCAGGCCGUCAGCUGUGCGGGGUCGUCUCCCCCGUUACCCUAAUGGAUCUGUUGGGGGUAGGAGCACCAGACAUGGAAGACAGAGUUUUGGGAGGUCAUCAUUUGUCCCAAGCCUGGGUAUUGAUGCCAAUGCUCUGCACACUGCCACUGUGAACAAGUUCACCAGCAUCUCUCGUUGUUGUCAGCAUUGCCUACCUUCAAGCAGGACAAAGUUUUAUGCUGAUGACGGUCCUGGCUCUGGACUGCAAGAUAUCUUGCUCAUUGACAGAAGACAGUAUGGUGGGAUCCUGGGACGGUGGUUUCCCUAUCUUACUCAUGUAAUCUGUACCUCACUUGACUACAACAUGAAGGACCUCAGGGCAGACACCCUUAACUCAGCAGGGAUUGUAGAUGCAAUUGAAGCUUGUGCGCAAGCAAAAGCAGAGAGUGAUGACUCCACUUUUGAGGAAGCAUUGAAAGAACAACAGGAGCGAGCCAGGAGCAUUGUGUACAGCAUGUCUUCUGGUGUCAGCAAACCAGUGCUAAGGUUUGUGGCGUGGAUCCUGUUUCAUGUGUUCAAGCAGCUAUUCAAUCAGAUCAGCUUGCAAAAGAAACAUGUACACAUGCUCAGAGAAGCACAAAAGCGUGGUGUACCUAUUGUGUUCCUACCCUCCCAUAAAAGCCACUUGGAUUACAUCAUCCUAACCUUUGUACUCUUCAAUCUUGGAGUUCACAUACCCCGUAUUGCUGCCGGGGACAACCUUCAGCUCCCAUUUGUAUCGUGGAUGGUAUGUCACCUGGGUGGUUUUUUUAUCAAGAGGAAGCUCGACUCUGCAGCUGGGAAGGAUAUCCUUUACAGGAAAUGCUUACACGAGUAUAUGGAGCGUUGCUUGCUAGCGAAUGAGAACAUGGAGUUCUUUUUGGAGGGCUCUCGUUCUCGCAGUGGGAAGCUCAACUCUCCAAAAGCUGGUCUACUCUCUGUGCUCAUGGACACUGUUCGAGAGGGUAUUGUUGAAGACAUUUUAGUGGUCCCUGUGAACAUCUCCUAUGACAACCUACUGGAGAAGAACUUUGUCCGUCACGAGCUAAUGGGAGGGAACAAGAAACCUGAAACAUUCCGAGACCCUAUCCGAGGAGCGUGGUACAUGCUGACCACAAACAUCGGCUCUGUCAGUAUCGACUUUGCUCAACCAUUCUCCUUGCAGGAGUACCUUCACUCUGCACACGUCUCUAACUCCUCCCUCCUCGAGAUGUCCGGCCUCUCCCGCUCCCGCUCGGUGAUGAACCUCGUGGAGCACGGCCACAGACGACUUGUGACAGCAGCCUCUCAUCACAUCAUCUAUGACAUAACUCAGUGUACCAGCCUGAUGUCCACCUGGAUGGUUGCCUUCCUCCUACUCUUUAAACACAGAGAGGGUGUGAGUGUCUCUGAACUCAUUGAGAGCUACAAAUGGUUGGAAGACAAAGCAGCGUCCAAUGGAAGGGCGGUCUCGUUCACUGGUGAGACCCCAGAGGCUGUACACUAUGCCCUACACCACCUCGGUGGUCUGGUGAUAGUCACGAACCCUCACUCUAGUAGUCUAGACAAAGGUAUGGAGCCAAAGAAUGGUCUUGUGCAGUCCGACAUGGUGGUCAGUCCUCAACUGGAAUUGCCCGAUGUGUUUGCUCUACUGCAUCUGGCCAAUCAGGUGUCAUCACUGCUCAUGAUUGAGGGGGUCAUCGCUGCUAGUAUCCUCAGUGCUAUCUCAGAGGACCUGCAGAGUGGAGGCAGCAAUUGUAAACUAGAAGUGGACAAGGAAGAGGUGCUUGAAGAUGCACAGGUCCUCUGCAAAUUGCUAGCCAGAGAGUUCAUCUUUGCUCCUCCGUGUGUCGAUCUGUGGAGUGUUCUCAACGAUGUUCUGGAGUCGUUCAUUGUGUCUGAGUUGUUGAGUGUGCCCUCGGAGCGAGUGGGUGGUGGGCGAGUGCUACGCACACCUCAAGAGAUGGACAAUGACGACACGGUCGAGUACACUAGUGGAGUCACCUUGAAUGUGAACCAUAGUGCAGACAGUAUUCGUCACUUGACGUUCCUGAGUAGGAUUGUGGCCGUGUUGGCUGAGAGCUACUGGAUGACAUGUGUGACUCUGUGUCAGUUGUCAGAUGGCGAGGAGGUACAAGAACGUGAGUUUCUAAAGCAACUGAGAGACAAGAUGGUGGAGAAGACACAAAGAGGAGUACUCAAUUAUGUUGAGAGCUGCUCGAUGGACACUCUCCGCAAUUGCCUCAAGUCCCUAACAGACAUGGAUAUGGUUGCUUAUAGCAACGGGAACUUCCAGGUGAACAACUUUGAGAAGCUCAUUGAAUUGGCAGAUUACCUCGUUGCUUUUAAGUAUUAAGCCAAAAAUUUUGAAACUGACUCAGUUCAAUUUUAUGACAGCCUUCAUGUUAAUCAUGCACCCCCAACAAUUAAUUUGAAUGCUGUUUUGUUUAGAGCUAAUAGCUAAAUUCAUUGUAUUUUACCCUUCACGUACACACGUUAUUUCUUUGGUCAACAA